GCCGGCGCCCCGGGCGAUGGCCGCGGAGCUGGCGAUGGGCGCCGAGCUGCCCAGCAGCCCGCUGGCCAUCGAGUACGUCAACGACUUCGACCUGAUGAAGUUCGAGGUGAAGAAGGAGCCGCCCGAGGCCGAGCGCUUCUGCCACCGCCUGCCGCCCGGCUCGCUGUCGUCGACGCCGCUCAGCACGCCCUGCUCCUCCGUGCCCUCCUCGCCCAGCUUCUGCGCGCCCAGCCCGGGCACCGGCGGCGCGGGCGCGGGGGGCGGCGGGGGCGGCGGCGCGCAGGCCGGGGCCGCGGCGGGGCCGCCGGGCGGGGGCCCGGGCGCCGGCGGGGGCGCCGCGGGGAAGCCGGCGCUGGAGGAUCUGUACUGGAUGAGCGGCUACCCGCAGCACCUGAACCCCGAGGCGCUCCACCUGACGCCCGAGGACGCGGUGGACGCGCUCCUCGGCAGCGGCCACCACGCGGGGCACCACGGCGCGCACCACCCGGCGGCCGCCGCGGCCUACGAGGCCUUCCGGGGCCCGGGCUUCGCGGGCGGCGGCGGCGCGGACGAGCUGGGCGCCGGCCCCCCGCACGGCGCGCACCACGCGGCGCACCACCACCACCACGCCGCGCACCACCACCACCACCACCACGCGGCCGCGGCCCACGGCGGCGCGGGCCUGCACGUGCGCCUGGAGGAGCGCUUCUCCGACGACCAGCUGGUGUCCAUGUCGGUGCGCGAGCUGAACCGGCAGCUCCGCGGCUUCAGCAAGGAGGAGGUCAUCCGGCUGAAGCAGAAGCGCCGCACGCUCAAGAACCGCGGCUACGCGCAGUCGUGCCGCUUCAAGCGCGUGCAGCAGCGGCACAUCCUGGAGAGCGAGAAGUGCCAGCUCCAGAGCCAGGUGGAGCAGCUGAAGCUGGAGGUGGGGCGCCUGGCCAAGGAGCGGGACCUGUACAAGGAGAAAUACGAGAAGCUGGCGGGCCGGGGCGGGGCCGGCUUCCCGCGGGAGUCCUCGCCGCCGCAGCCGCAGGCCGGGCCCGGCGGGGCCAAGGGCGCCCCCGACUUCUUCCUGUGA